AUGGCGGAAGCGGCGGAGAGCGGCGGCUGCGGCACCGCCACCGUCACCGAGACCGGGGCCGCCGAGACGAACCGCAGUCUGACACUGAAGCUGCGCAAGCGGAAGCCGGACAAACGCGUCGAGUGGUCAAGCGACACCGUGGACAACGAACACCUGGGGCGGCGCUCCUCCAAGUGCUGUUGCAUCUACGAGAAGCCACGGGCGUUCGGGGAGAGCUCAACAGAGAGCGAGGAUGAGGAUGAGGAGGAAGAGGCGGCGGUGCCGCGGGGGGGGGGACGAAGGCUGCGGCCAUCAACACUGCGUACGGGGCCACAAACGGGGCCGGGGGCGACGGGGAGGCGGCGGGGGGGGGCCACCAGGGGAUAG